CAGCCGGCCGCCCGCGAGCAGAAGCAGAAGCAGGAGCGGCCGUCAUGCCGUCGUUUAUCGUGCCUUCCCGCGGCGGGGGGCCGCUGGGCCUGGGCGCCGGCGGCAGCGCGGCGAGGAAGGUGGUGGUCUCCGUCACCAACGUCAUCGGCAACAUCGCGGCGCUCCUCCUGACGCUGGCCCCGAUCUUGAGUUUCGUGGUGCCCAUCUACAAUGAGCAGGCCGUCGGUGACCGGACGGCGUACGGGCACAUCGUCACCAUGUUCAGCAGCGUGGCGUGGUUUCUGUACGCCGCCCCGGACUACCCCGCCGCCGUUUACUCCAUGGGCGUCAACACCAUCUCCACUGUGCUCCAGCUGGUGUACGUCGCCGUGUUCCUACGGUUUGCGGCCGGGGUGGGGCGCCGCCACGCCCUUUACGCCUUUGCCCCCAUCCUCACCGCUUCGACGAUCAUGACCGUCCUCGUCUUCACCAAGCUCAUUUGGGGCUCCCAGUUCGUCGCAUAUGUCGCCGCAAUUGCUGCCUUUUCUGCCUACUGCUCCGUGGCCAUUGAUGUGGUGGAGGCGAUGAGGAGCAGGGAUGUCAACAAUAUGGACCCGCUCGUCGAGGUGUUGCUUGGCCUGGUCAACGCCUGGGCUUCGACCAUCUCCGGUUUCUUCUCCACUCCGCCUGAUUUUUUCGUCGCGAUACCGAACGUUAUCGGAGUUCCGGUCCUGCUGGCACAGUUGGUGGUGUACGUCAUGCACUGCAACCCACAGCCGGAGCCCAACCCACAGCCAGAGCCCAACCCUCCUCCGCCGGAGCAGGAGCGCGACCCUGUCCACACCGUCGACGUGCCCAUCCACACCGGCGAUGUGCCAAACUACGCGGCGGAUCUCCACACAUUGUUCACAUAG